AUGGCCGAGGAGCCCCUGCGUUCAACCGAAUCACCUUCUGGCUCGCGGCGCCGCCACGGCGCGCGCCAUCCCGCGGGGGCCGAGGAGGACUGGGAGCUUUCCAGUGACGACGAGCGCGCCGCGGGUGCGGGUGCCGUGAUGACCGCCGGGGGCUCGCCCUUGCGCCGCGCGCGCGCCCCCGUGGGCAAGCGCAGGAGCCUGGCUGAGAUAGAGGGGUACCCCACGUGGAGCGAGGACCUGCCUGCCCUGCUGGAUCUGUCCCUGUGGCGCCAGGGCGUCCUGGCGUCGCGCUCCGCGGCCCUGGUGGCCCUGAUGGCCCUCCUGGCCUACUCGACCGUGCUCGCGCCCGCCGCGCUGCCGUCGUGGCGCGACGAGGCGCGGCUGGCGCUGACGCUGGGCUACCAGAACGCGGUGGUGUUCUCCCUCAUGGCGGCCAGUGCGCUGCAGCCGCUGGUCAUGGCCCCCCUCAUGAUGCCUGCGAUGCGCAGCGCAAACAAGGUGCCCCUGUGGCCGUUUCUCGCGGCGUCACCGCUGUUGGGCAGCUACGCUCUGCUGUCCUACCUGGCGGUCUUCAAGCCGCCCCGCCGCGUGCCGCGCCUGCCGCCCGGCGCGGCCGAGCUGAGUCCCUGA